AUGGGGUCCGUUUCCAGUCCAAAUGGUGCAAGCAGCACCGUCGCUCUCGUGGUCUCUGAACACAACGGGCCUUUCGAAGUUAAAGAAGUACAACUGAAUGAUAUGCGACCCGAUGAGAUUGUGGUCCGCAUGAUAGCAACGGGUGUCUGCCAUACAGAUGUGGCCACUUCCAUAGGCCACAGAGGUCCUGGACUACCUGCAAUCCUCGGCCAUGAAGGUUCUGGAGUUGUUGAACAAGUCGGUUCUGAGGUGAAACAUGUGGCUAUAGGCGAUCAUGUGCUUCUGUCCUUCAACUACUGUGGGAAUUGCACGCCCUGCCGUCGCGGGAACCCAUCAUACUGUCGAAAAGGGCCCCAUUUGUGUUUUGGCGGCUCCCGCUUGGACGGAAGCAAGCCAUUCUCUCUCAAUGGCACCGACAUCAACUCAUCCUACUUUGGCCAGUCUUCUUUCGCUGCUCGCUCGGUUGUGAGCGGGGUCUGCGCGGUAAAGAUCCCUUCAAAUGUCCCGCUUGACAUUCUUUGCUGUCUAGGCUGCGGGGUCCAAACGGGGGCUGGUACCGUCUUGAAUCUUCUCAAGCCCACCGUGGGAGCAUCGAUUGCAGUAUUCGGUGUCGGUUCAGUCGGUCUGGCGGCGAUCAUGGCGGCGGCCAGAUUUACACCUGCCACAAAGAUCAUUGCUAUUGAUAUCGUGGAUUCCCGACUGGAACUUGCUUCAGAGCUGGGAGCAACACACACGAUCAAUUCGAAAGGAAAAGAUGUGGUUGCACUGAUCAAAGCCGCCACCAACGGCGAGGGUGUCGACUGUGCACUUGAUGCGACCGGGAUCGUUGCUGUCAUUGAGUCCAUGAUCGCAGCAGCAGCAAAUAACGGAACAGUGGCAACAGUCGGAGGAGCGCCAAAGGGGGUUUUCGUCAACAUUGAAGCGGCGUCCUGGAUAGGUAGAAACGUCAGCUAUGUGGGCUCAUGUCAAGGUUCUUCAUUUCCACAAACGUUCCUUCCUGCCCUUGUCGACUUCUGGAGGCAGGGCCGGUUUCCCAUAGAUCGCCUUGUCACCAAGUAUCCCUACAGGGAAAUCAAUCAAGCGAUCGAUGAUAUGCAUCAUGGGAAAUGCAUAAAACCAGUCUUGAUAUGGGAGUGA